UGUUGUUGGCUGAGGAGGGGAACGCUAGACGAUGAGCCUUGUCAGUGUCAUUUUCUGUGUUAUAUUAAACGCUUUGUGACAUUCUGACGCAUAAUUGUUAAGGUGUGAACAUGGAAGUGCCGUGCUACCUGCCCAAACUGCUCUUUGAGCUAAAUGAGCAGCGUAAGCGAGACUUCUUCUGUGACUGCAGCAUCCUUGUCGAAGGCCGGGUCUUCAAGGCACAUCGUAAUGUGUUGUUUGCAGGUAGUGGCUAUUUCCGGGCUCUGCUGGUUCACUACCUGCAGGAUAGUGGUCAACGCUACAGCACAGCAUCUCUGGACAUCGUAACAGCCGAUGCUUUCUCAAUUAUCCUGGACUUUCUCUAUUCUGGCCGCUUGGCCCUGAACAGGAGCAACGUCAUUGAGGUGAUGUCUGCUGCCAGCUACUUGCAGAUGACAGAUCUGGUAAACUUCUGUAAAGGAUACAUCCGCUCAUCUUUGGAAAUCUGCAACAAGGAGAAGGAGAGGAACACAGAAAAGGAGGACCAGGGACAGGAUGGAGGGAUGGGUCCUGCAGACAGUGGCACUCCUGCUGCGGGAAUCUCGAGUGGUGCCGGGACGACCGAGCCCCAUUCACAGGUUGCAGAGGCAGACAAAGGGGCGGGUUUAGGUCCAGAGUCUGUGACCUCAGCUAGAACCCCCUUGUCAAUCCCUGUAGAUACCCCUCCAGGGACCAGCAGGGACAUGGACAGCGACUACCAGUCCAGGGAGGAGUUUACAUCUGAGAGUGAAGCACAAAAGGGACACAUGGAUCAGACAAACCGCUCAUCCUCCUCAUCCUCUGCUUUGACCCCAGAGCUAGUGAACCCCAAGAUAGAAUACGAUCCUGAUGAAGAACUUAUGGAGUCUCCUGACACCAAAGAGCUUUCCUCGUUUCCUGGGCCCCCUUUGCAUAAUCCACAUCAUAACAGGCUACUUCCCCCAAGUCCCAAUGAGCGGUCCUCUUUGGGAUACAGCCCAUCGUUUAAUGCUAGGCAGAUGAUGGAGAUGCUGGCCAGAGGUGAGGGCCCCAGUCCUAUGGGGGACAGAGUGGGGCAGCGCUUUACCCAAGGACUAGGCAGCAGCACAGGAGGAAGCAGAAUGGAUGAAGGAUUAGGGUUUGCAGGAUCAUCUAUCAUGGAGAUUCAGUCUGACUGGCUUGGAGAGGACACAGGUGAUGGCUUGGUAGUGCCAGUGAAACUCCACAAGUGUCCAUUCUGCCCAUACACAGCUAAACAGAAGGGCAUCAUGAAGAGACACAUUCGCUGUCACACAGGAGAGAGACCCUUCCCCUGUCCGAUGUGUGGCAAGAGGUUCACAAGGCAGGAGCACCUUCGCAGCCAUGCCCUCAGUGUGCAUAGACACUUCUGGCCGGUGUCUUGCAAGAGCUGCAGGCGAACCUUCACUGGAUCUGGUGUUUCUCCCGGACUCAGACGCUUCGGCAUCUGUGACAGCUGCAACUGUGUGACCACCACUCAUGAUGAUUCUGCUCCCGUUCAUGCUGCCAGUCAACCGGAGCCCAUGGAACGCGCAGAUGGAGGCACAGAUUGGUCCAGUUUUAUGGACGACGUGGAUGAGGUGGAGGUCGGCAGAGUUGAGGACUUGGUGGAGAAACAGAUGCUUGAGAGGCAGCUGGCUGUCUGCGCUGAUGUCGGUCACACACUGUGAAGCUGCAGUCCUCGCAGUAAAGAUAGCACCACUUAAAUCUUCUGUUGUGCUGCUUUUCACCGCGGCCCUACUGUUAUUGAUGUUAAAUUAUUGCUGUACAAUGAGCUUAUUUAUUAAUAUGUAACUGAAAAAUGAUCCCUUUUCAUUAUUCAAGAUACUGUGCUCCUGUGAUUAUCGCAUCAGUGUGAGAAAUGAAUGUGGGUGAUUUCUACAAAUCAGAACUGUGGUCUUUAAAGCAACACAAUGUAGGAUUUUGACCUUCAAAUAAUGUCUCCAAGAUCUUGCUGAUGGUACAACUUAAAUCAAGGCGAAUGGCUCCCCCAUCAAGGCUUGAGCAGGUCCACAGUACCUGCAUAGGCACAAUGGAACUUUGGGGUUCGGAUCAGCAUCAUGAUGACACAAAAAGAACUACAUGAGUUACUUUAACUUUCUGCCAAUGUCUUUGUGUCAAUGAUCAUGUCCACAUUUGCUUGAACUCUGUACAUAAAGCAAACAUUGCUUUCAAAGUUUUCUAGAUCAUUAUGAACUACACAGAAGAUGGAUAAAGUAGCUUAUUAUGUUAUUGAUUCCAGAUUAAAACAUCGGGGGAAAUAAAGCUUUGCUUUGCCACUGUUGGUAUUCUUA